ACACUUUAAUGAUAACCGUUUGUUGAUGUUAUGAUGUUGCUGUAUUGCCUACAUCCAUUUUUUAGAGUAUUUAUUAAAUAAAAUAAUAGCUUUUAUUUUAUACAGACAUGAUGGAGUUGAGCCACAGUUUGCUCUUAAACGAAGAGGCAUUAAAACAAUUGCCAGAAUCUAAAAAACCAGUUUUUAUCUUUGAAUGGCUACGGUUUUUAGAUAAAGUAUUAUUGACUUCGAAGAAAGUUGAUAUAAAAGAAUGUCAAAAGAAAAUGGUUGAUCAACUAACUAACUUAAUUCAAGAAAAUCCUGGCCCACCGACAAGAAUAUUGAUUGCAAAAUGUUUGUCUACUUUAUUCAAUGUUGGUGACACAUUUCUUCUUUUUGAUACAGUUAACAAGUGCAAUGAUAUUUUACGUGUUAAAGAUGAUUCUUUAACUUAUCUAUCUACAAAAUUAGCUGCAAUUACUUGUAUGGGAUUUAUGUACAAAAAUUUGGGUCGUAUGAUGGGACGUUCUUACGAAGAAACUGUUCAUAUUUUAAUUAAAAGUCUUAAAAAUGCAGAAUCCCAAAUGAGAGUUGAAAUAAUUAUAACAUUAGAAAAAAUUUGCUGUGGGAUGGGAAGUGUUAUGGGUAAUAUUCAUAAAGAUAUUUAUAAAGCUAUUAGACAUUCUCUUACUGAUCGAGUUAUGGCUGUUCGUACUGCUACUGCUAAAUGUUUGUUUGAAAUGAUAAAACAUUCCAGUUUUUUGUACACAUCUGAUUUAGAAAAUGUAGCUACAUUAUGCUUUCGAGCUUUUGAAAAUGCUAAUUAUGAAGUAAGAUGUGCUGUAGCAAAACUUUUAGGUUUUUUAAUUGCUUCUACACAAAUACAAAAUAAAGAACAUCAUUCAGUUCAAAUGUCAAAAUCAACAAAAUGUGUAACAUUAGAAGAUGCAUUGACAAUAUUAAUGAAUGGAUUUUUAAGAGGUGGAACUGGUUUCCUUAAGGGGACUGGAGAAAUUAUCAAAGGAACUACUGGUAGUCAUAGGGAAGUCAGAGUUGGUGUUACUUAUAGUUAUGUGGAAUUUGUCCAUUCAUUGGAAGUAACUUGGUUGGAAAAAAAUUUACAUACUUUCAUGCGUCAUAUUUUAGAAUUAGUAGCUAAUCCAAAAUCAGCAUCAUCUUAUAUUGAUGCUGUUUAUUCUAGAAAGUGUAUUAGCUUUAUUUUACGUAAUGUGCUUGGACAAAUGCUGAGUGAAAAAGCACAAUCUUCUGUAUGUAAAGAAUUGGCUCUGAUAGUUAAGAAACAAAUGACUUCUAUUGAUUUUAGUCCAGAAAAUGCUAAAGAUUUUAAUCAAGAAACCAUAUUUGGUCAACAUUUUUUAGUUUGUGCAUUGCAAGAAAUGGGUUGUUUAUUACUUAAUAUGGGUACAAUGGCUAACAAUCUUAUAUCAGAUAAUACAUGUAAUGUUAUUGAAACUGCUUUAUCUGUUAUGGUACAUCCAAGUCAAGCUGCUCGAUUAGCAGCUGCUUGGUGUAUACGGUGUGUAUGUAUCGCUUUACCAAGCCAGUGUACUCCUUUGAUUGAUCGAUGUAUUGAGAAUAUUGAAAGUACAAGAGCAACACCAGAAAUAAUUAUUGGUUAUAGUUCUGUACUUAUUGGCAUUCUUGGAAGUGUAAAUGUGUCACCCUUGGGCAUUCCUCAUAUGCGAGGAAAAAUUAUAUUUAAUACUGCAGAAGAUUUACUUAGAAGUGCUAGUCAAAAUAGUCGAUUAUCCCUAAGUAGAACACAAGCUGGAUGGCUACUAAUUGGUGGUGUUAUGACAUUAGGCGUUAGUGUUGUUCGAGGGCUUCUACCACGUAUGCUUCUUUUAUGGAGAAAUUCUUUUCCUAGAUCAUCUAAAGAACUUGAGUCUGAAAAAGCAAGGGGUGAUGCAUUUACUUGGCAGUUAAUUUUAGAAGGUCGAGCAGGAGCUCUUGCAUCAAUUCAUAGUUUUUUAUUCAACUGUAAUGAACUAGUCACUGAAGAUAUUAUUAGAAGAUUAUUGAUUCCAAUUGAAUCUGCUCUUGCUAUGCUAAUUAAUAUGAAUUCGGUUGUUAAAAGUUGUGGUCAACAUUUGAAAGCUCCCAUAGCAUUAGUUCGAUUACGAUUAUAUGAAACAUUAUCUUUGAUCCCUGCACAAGAUUUUGAAGCUUCAUUUACACAUAUUUUGAGACUGUUGGUCUCAGAAUUUACAUUAGCUGAGAAUCCAGCCAAUACUAUUACAUCAAAAUUAAGAUAUGUUUGCCAAAAUGAAGAAGGAAUGCUCUUGGGAAUAUGUCCAGUUCAGCAUUCACAUCAUCAAACUAUUGAAGAUCAACUAAUUCAAAAUAAUGCCAUUGGAUCAGGUGCUUUAGAACAUGAUCCUAGAUAUCUUUACCUCUCUGUAUCUAAAGAUGAUAAUGUACCAAGCCCUUUACCACUUGGUGUAUCUGUAAUUGAUGCAUCUGUUACCUUAUUUGGAUUAAUUUUUCCUCGUGUGGCUAAUAAACAUAGAAUUCAAAUGAUUGACCAUUUCACCGAUCAAAUAAAAUACUCAAAAUCAUGUCGAUGUGAUGCUAUUUCUACCAAUAUUUUUGCUUCGCUAUUAGCUGGUCUAAAAGCACUUUCAGACACAAAAUCAACAAUAGGUCAUGAAGAAAUUAAAACUACUACAGCCACUCUAAUAAUGAAUGCUUUAACAAAUGGAAAUACUAUUUUACGUGUGGCUGCUGCCGAAAGUGUUGGGCGUAUGGCUCAGGCUGUUUCAGAUUCAAGAUUUACUGCUAUGCUUGCACAAAAUAGUUUUGAUCGUCUUCGUUGUGCUAGGGAUGUUCCUAGUAGAACUGGGCAUUCUUUAGCUCUUGGCUAUUUACAUAGACAUGUAGGUGGUAUGGGAUCUUCUCAUCAUUUAAAUACUAGUGUAAGCAUUUUGCUUGCUUUAGCUCAAGAUACUACAUCACCAAUUGUUCAGGUCUGGUCCCUUCAUGCUUUAUCUCUUAUAGCCAAUUCAGGGGGCCCAAUGUUUAGAGGUUAUAUAGAACCUUCACUAUCAUUGGCUCUAAAAUUGUUAUUGAUAGUUCCACAUUACCAUGCUGAUGUUCAUCAAUGUAUUGGAAAAUUGAUUUCUGCUCUUAUCACUACUAUUGGACCAGAAUUACAAGGUAAUUCAGCAUCAAUUACAACUGCACGAUCAUCAUUUCUAUGUGCAUGUGCUAUAAUGCAAGAUCAUGAAGAUCCAUUAGUUCAAGCGGAGUCAACUGUUUGUCUUCAAGAAUUGCAUUUAUUUACCCCACGACAUGUUAAUUUGACUGCAUUAGUUUGGACUUUAUGCCAAAAUUUAUCAAACAGCCAUUUAAUUUUAAGAAAAGCUGCAGUGUCAUGUUUGAGACAGCUGUCACAACGAGAGGCCAAAGAAGUUUGUGAAAUAGCAGAAUCAUUUGUUAAUUCUCCUAAAAACAAUAAUUAUAAUGGAUUUUUACUCACAGAAUCAGGAUUACCAGGUGUUUUGUUCAAUAUGUUAGACACAGAAAUGGAUAAACAGCUUAUCAAGGAUAUUCAUGAUACUCUCAUUAGCAUGCUUCAAAUGCUGGCUGUUAAUAACCUUACAAAAUGGAUAAAUUUAUGUAAAUCAGUUUUAACUGUUUCUUCAGAAAUAAAUCAAAAGGAAAUAGAUAAAAAUGAAGGAACUAUUAUGAAUGAUGAUGAUGAAACUGGAGAUGAUCAUGAUGAAUUUCAAAAAGAUUCUAAAAAUGAAAAUUCAAUGAAAAGAAAACAACAACCCAAAUGGCCAACUAGAGUUUUCGCUGUGCAAUGCAUUUGUCGGAUAAUAUCUACUUGCCAUAAAGAAUAUGAUUCUGCUCCUCAUUUUAAUUUGUCAUUAGCUAAAGAAUUGUCAUUUACCAAUAAUAAAGGAGAUUAUUUGAUUCUUCAUUUAUCUGAUUUAAUAAGAAUGGCGUUCAUGGCAGCAACCAGUGAUAGUGAUCAAUUGCGCUUAGAAGGAUUUGAAACUCUUAAUGAAAUCAUUGAAAAAUUUGCUCAAGUUCCUGAACCAGAAUUCCCUGGUCAUUUGCUGUUAGAACAAUUUCAAGCUCAAGUAAGUGCUGCAUUGAGACCAGCAUUUUCAGAUGAUACUCCCAGUCAUGUGACAGCUGCUGCAUGUCGUGUAUGUGGAACAUGGAUUGGAAGUGGAGUUGCACGUGAUUUGAGUGAUUUAAAACGAGUUUAUCAUUUAUUAGUUACAUCUCUUAAGAAACUCAACCCUGGUUUUAAUAUUAAUUUCAACAGUUUGUAUAAUGAAAGUGUUGCAACGUUUGAAUGUUUAGCAAUACUUAAAGCUUGGGCCCAGAUUUAUAUUAUUGCCAUGAUAAAUAAUGGUACUGCUCCUGGAAAUUUUAAUCAAAAUUCAUAUAUUAACGUGAAUGAAAAAAAUGACGAUUUUGGAAAUUAUGAAGGACCAAAUGAUAACUUGUUGACUUUAAUUCAUCCAGAAUUAAAUAUGUUAUCUAAAAAUUGGCAAUCUGCUCUUAAGGAUCAUGCCCUUUUAUUGCUACCCUGUGAGUUUAACAGUCAACUUCCUCAUGAAGGCGGAGCCUUUUAUACUUCUAGUACAAUUGAUAAUAGUAGAAACCAUUAUAAAAAUGCUUGGCCUCCAAUUUUGUAUGCUUUAUCACUAUGGUUGAAUUCUGAAGAUUUUAAAUUGGAAAAUAGUAAUAUUAAUAAAGAACUACAAGAUAAAUUUUAUCUAAUAUUUGGAAUCUGUACUGAAGCAAUAUGUAAUCAACGAACUUUGGAAAAUAUUGACAAUUUUAUAACUUGUCUUAAAUCAUUAUAUACUAUUUUAGAUUCAUCAUUAGCAAGACAAAUUAUGAUGAAAAAUUCUAUUUUAGCUGUUGAAACAUUAAAUAUUAUGCACAAAUUACUUUUAACAACUGAUAGCAUAGAAGUUCAGCAGACUAUUAUGAACAUAGUACAACAAAUAGUAAAAGGUGCUCAAGAAGAUUUAAAAAUCAAAAAUUCAAAAUCUUUUAAUGAUAAAAACCUUGAAUUAUCAACUACUGAAGAUGUAGAAUAUUUAAGUGAUGGUGGACAAGGUGGUAUAUUGGAACAUGAUAAAAGUAUUGUAUUUGCUACCUUAGAAGUUUGCAUGUGUUUGAUUGUUCGGCAAAUACCAGAUAUGAAUCCAACACCUUUAGUUUCUUCAACCAGAAAAUUAUAUUCAAACUGUUUAAAUCAUAGUGUAAUUGCUACAACAUUAAAUAUAAUGGCUCAACUUCCAAAUCUUUGUUCACCCAGUGGUGGAGUUCAGAUACUUCCAACAAUUUCUUAUUUAACGACUAAUAUACUAAAAGAAUUAGGAGAAAUUAAUAGCUGUAAUGAGACAUCUAAACAAAAAGUUUCAAUUGUAGCUGCUUUGGACUGUUUUCAAGUACUUUGUAAACAUCCUUAUGGUUAUCAUAAAAUAUCUGAAAAUAAAUGGAGAUCUCUUUUACAAAGUACCGUUGCUAAACUUAUUGAUAUUUCUAAAACAGGAGAUGAAGGUAAAAAAGUUGAUGAAGUAACAAUGUUAUCUGUUAUUACAGUAUUUACAUUACAUUCACCACCUGGUGUUAUGUGUGUACAAAAUAUUUUAUAUCCUUGCAUUAAUUACUGCACUCAGUGUUUUGGAAGUAAUAAUAUUGUUGUAAAAACAAAAUGCAUUCAAUUUCUUAGAUCAGUUUUUCAACUUGAAGAUAAGUAUAUUGCAACAGGUUAUAUACAAGCAUUAGCUCCACGUCUUAUGGAAUUACUGUAUGAAGAUAUCCCAGAAACAUUUGUGGAAUCUCAUUUAAUUAUGCUUUGUGAAGCAAUUAGUGCAAUUGAAUGUUUAGUUCAGUUGGCACCACCUAAACACAGAAUUCAAAUGUUAUCAUUGCUUGUGCCAGCUCUAAUCAAUGUUCUUAUUGAUACAGAAUUGACAAAAUAUGAUAAUAAUGUAUCUAAAUACCGGUGUAAACUUCAUGAGUUUAGUUUACAAUGUUUGUUGAAGAUUGGACCAGUUUAUCCACAAGAAUUUAAAAUUAUUAUGUCUCAAAAUAAUAAAUUGAGAACAAAAUUAGAAAAUACCAUUAAAACUAAUAAAUCUUCGCAACAACAAUUUAAUGCUAACUGUCAAAUACCACCAAGUAUAACAAAAUCAAUACAGCCUUCUAUAAAAUUGAAAACCGAUUUCACUAAUUUUAGUUAACAUUAAUAAUAA